AUUUUUAAAAUAAAAUAAAAAAGCAAAGAAGACCCAAUAAUUCUUUUAGUAUAGGUUUUGGUUGUUGUCUAUAAAUAAAGAAGAUUCAAACACACAGAAACAUCAUCAAAGCACAUUGGAAACUUCUCAACACUCUCUCUCUCUCUCGUCUUCUUCGUUUCACCCACUCACUUCAUUCAUUCAUUCUCUCUCUCUCUCUCUCUCUCUCUCUCUCUCUCUCUUUACUUCUCCCUCUUUUAUCUCUUCUCUAAAACAAUGGGAAACGUGUUUGACAGUAGCAAGACGAUAUGGGGAAGCAUGAACCACGGAUCGUCACGUUACGCUCUUAACGGCAAAAUCAUGCUUGCUUCCGUAAUCAUCCUCUUCGUCGCCGUCAUUUUAAUCCUCUGUUUCCACAGCUACGCCAGAUGGUUAUUCCGCCGUCAAAACCGCCGUAUUCGCCGCCGCAUCAGUGCUCACCUCCGAUCACUCUCCGCCGCUCGAGACCCCACCCAAUCCUCCUCAUCCCUCUCUCCUCUCGAUCCCACGGUGCUCGAGAAGAUCCCUAUCUUCGUCUACUCCGUCAAAACCCACGAAUCUCCACUUGAAGAGUGCUCUGUUUGCUUGUCGGAGUUCGAAGAGGACGACGAAGGACGUGUCCUUCCCAAAUGCGGCCACGUCUUCCAUGUUGACUGUAUCGACACGUGGUUCCGGUCCAGAUCCAGUUGUCCGCUUUGUAGAGCUCCGGUUCAACCCGCACAGCCGGUUUCCGAAUCCGAACCGGUUCCUGCCGUGUUUCCAUCCGCUAAGCCAAUUGAGGAUACCGAAGCCGGAAGUUCGUCCUCAUCGGACGAAUCCGAAUCAUCGACGCCGUCCUCAUCCUCCGGUUCGCCGGUGAGGUUUCCGAUGGAAGCUUGUGAGAGAGCACCACCAAUAGAUUUAGUCGGUAUAAUUGUGGAGAUUCCCAGAGAAAUCUAGGAUUCUAAUUCGGGUAUACCCGGAGAAAACGGGUCGAAUAACCGGGCUUCAUUGAAAAGGCUAUGGAGAGAGUAUUUGAUCACUUCCUCUCUUCUUACAAAAUUGGACAGUGAUUGAAUCCGACCCGGUGUUCUGGGGGCGGGGGCGGGCAGAAUCGUAUUACUGGCAUGGAAGACGACACGUGGCGUAUUGGAGAUCCACGUGGCUAUCUUCGGGGACGUUUGCUUUACAGGGAGACGGUGUUUGGAAAAGAAAAAAAAAUGAACGGCAGUGACGUAUAAAGUAACGGAGCCGUUUGAUCAAUGUAUAUACGAGAUGGUGUCGUUUUAAGUAGAGAGAAGCAAAUCGCUAAGCGAAUUGCCCUCUCCCCCACAAAAAACUAUUCUCUUUGUUUUUUCUUCUCUCCUUCUCUAAAAAAAUGGUUGAUCAGAGAAAUGUAACUAAAAUAAGUGAUGCAAGUAAUCAACAAAGUCAUUUGAUCGACACUUUA